UGCAAGUGCAAAGAAAUCGAAUUAAAUCGAGCUUUUAUUAUUGAAAAUAUUACCGGUGCUAUGGUGAUUUAAUAAGUUCAGUGCUUGUUACACAUAAUUUACUUUAUAUUUCAGCUUCAAAAUGGUACAGCGACUUACGUUUAGGCGACGUUUGUCGUACAACACCAAGUCAAACCAAAGGAGAAUUGUACGAACUCCUGGUGGACGUCUUGUCUAUCAGUACGUCAAGAAGCCCAAGAAGAUCCCAAGAUGUGGCCAGUGCAAAAGCAAACUCAGAGGUAUCCAGCCUGCCAGACCCGCAGAGCGCUCAAGACUUUGCUACCGCAAGAAGACCGUUAAGAGAGUGUAUGGUGGUGUACUCUGCCACAAGUGUGUUAAACAGCGCAUUGUGAGAGCUUUCUUAAUUGAAGAACAAAAGAUUGUUAAGGUUCUUAAGGCACAACAAGCGACUGUUAAGUCUGGCAAGAAGGCCGCAAAAUGAACAUUAGGGUGUAAAUAAAAUUAUUAAAAAACUAUU